AUGGUAUCUACGAAGGCCCUAGGGUUUCCAGAGGAUUUGGCCAAAACCGUGUACAUAUAUAUCCAGGACAACUUGGGGACGCUAGAAAAGAAGGAGACUGAUGCUCCUGCUGCUCCGCCGGCGAAAAAGCCAAAAAAGGCGAAAACAGCGAAAUUGACGCUUAAUUUCGAUGAAGACGAGGAUCUAGAUAUGGAUCAGGGUGCUUCCUUGCAGGCGAGGAACGAGCCUAAGAAACCGAAAUUCAAGAAGCUUAAGAAGGCUGACACACAGCGCAUGAAGGAAGAGCCUGUGGAAGACUUGCCAGUAAAGAAAGAAGAGGAAACUGUUGAAAAGACAGUGAAGCAGGAGCACUUGAGUCUUUCAGAACUCGCUGAGCUUGAGAGGAAACGGAACGAGGCACAGGAGCUUCUCAAGGAAUCUGAAGAGCUUCACGCCUUGGAGGACGAUGACUAUGCCAUUGAGAACGAUCGAGAGUGGUAUGCUUCUGAAGAUAUGGCCCACCAAGCUCAGGUUGAGGAUUACGAAGAUCUAGACUACAAGCCCAAACAGCGGCAGCGACCUAGAAAGAACCAGCAGCGCAGUGGCGGAGGUUUUGAUGCCGCUACAGGUGAAUACGUCGAUUAUGAUCACGAUACCUCAGAAGCUCUGCUUCUACGAGUUCCAAUCACCACACACUUCUUAGUUCCACCGUUUUUGGAUGGGUCUGAAGCUGAUCUUCGGCCGCAUUUUGGCAGCACCCAGACAUCGAGAAGCCUGGGACCCAGUGUCAGUGCAGUAAAAGAUCCUGCUUCUGAAUUGGCAGAAUCUGCAAAGAAUGGAAGUUUUGUGGUCAAGGACAGAAAGGCUAAGAAAGAGAGAGCAAAGCAGGCAAAGGAACGUGCAACUGGUGAGGACGGGAUGGCCUCGGUGAUAAAAGAGAGCCAGAACGAUAAAAAAGAGGAGGAAGAGGUUGAAGAAAAGAGCUCCUACGAAAGCAUACAAGAACAACGUCGGACGCUUCCAGCAUACCACGCCAAAAACGACCUUCUACGAAUAAUAGCGGAAAACCAGGUGGUCGUCGUUAUUGGUGAAACUGGUUCAGGUAAAACCACCCAGCUAACACAGUUUCUCUGUGAAGCGGGUUAUGCGAAGAACAGAGACAAGCAUGGCACCAGACUUCUUGUGGGAUGUACUCAACCGAGACGUGUUGCUGCCAUGUCGGUCGCCAAGAGAGUUUCAGAGGAAAUGGGCUGCGAGCUUGGAGAGGAGGUUGGUUACUCCAUCCGUUUCGAAGACAGAACAAGUCCGCAAAAGACAUUAAUCAAGUACUUGACCGAGGGUAUUCUUCUCCGUGAAAUGCUUGCUGACUCCACCUUGGAGCAGUAUUCGUGUAUCAUUAUGGACGAAGCGCACGAAAGAACACUCAACACGGAUAUUUUGCUUGGCCUCUUUCGCCAGCUCUUGCGUAAAAGAAGAGAUCUCAAGCUUAUUGUGACCAGUGCCACCAUGAACGCUGACCGAUUCUCCACAUUCUUUGGCGAUGCUCCACAAUACGUUAUACCUGGUCGGAUGUUUCCUGUUGAAACCUUCUAUUCCAAGUCGCCGUGCCAUGACUACGUUGAUACUGCUGUGAAGCAGGUAAUCACCAUACAUUUGGCCAACCAGGGCCAACAGGGUGAUAUUUUGGUGUUCAUGACGGGUCAGGAAGAUAUUGAAACUACGUGUGAGAUGAUACACGAGAAACUAGACAUGCUUGAGGAUCCACCACCACUCGAUGUCUAUCCUAUUUAUUCCACUUUACCUGCGGAUGUACAAAAGAAGAUUUUCAACAAGCUGAGUGCUCAGCGCAGAAAAGUGGUUGUGGCUACGAAUAUUGCCGAAACUUCCUUGACGGUGGACGGCAUCAAGUAUGUCGUCGAUUGUGGUCUUGUCAAAGUGAAGGUUUUCAACCCAAAGCUAGGAAUGGACAUUUUGCAGAUGGUUCCGAUUUCCAUGGCCAAUGCCCAGCAAAGAAGCGGUCGUGCUGGAAGAACCGGUCCUGGUAUUGCUUACAGACUUUACACUGACAGAGCAGCGGCACCGUCUCAAAUGUAUGUGCAGCCGAUUCCAGAGAUCCAGCGUACGAACUUGAGUUCCGUGAUGUUGAUGCUCAAAUCACUUCGUGUCACAGAUGUGCUCAAGUUCCCGUUUUUGGACCUGCCUCCUCGUGAUCUUCUCAGCUGUUCACUCUACGAUCUUUGGGCUAUAGGGGCUCUUGAUAACUUGGGCGCAUUGACGCAGCUCGGAGAUCAGCUCAACUUAUUCCCAAUGGAGCCUACCCUUGCUAAGCUUAUAUUGCUUUCGACACAGGAGGAGUUCCACUGCUCUCGAGAGAUUAUCGUCAUCGUGGCGAUGUUGUCUGUCCCUAAUGUCUUUUAUAGACCAAAGGAACGAGCAGACGAUGCUGACUCUGCUAGGGAAAAAUUUCUCAUUGCAGAUUCAGACCAUUUGACCUUGUUGAACGUAUUUGAGCAGUUUGACCAAAGAGCCAAGCAGAAAAAGGGUAGUUUGAGCUUGUGGUGCACCCGGAAUUUCCUUCAGUAUAGGUCUCUUUUACGAGCGAAGGAUAUCUACAACCAGAUCUUGCUCAUCAUGAACAAAAGGAAGUUCCCCGUGCUCAAGUCCAAAUCCGACAGGGAUAUAAGAAAAUGUCUCUGUGCAGCUUAUUUCCAGCAGCUGGCCAAACUUGUAAAGAUGGGAGGAGGCAGAGGUCAGGUCGAAUAUGCCAAUCUUCGCCAGACAUAUAUGACGAUGUACCUCCACCCUACCUCAGCUUUAGCUGGUGGUGGUGACCUCAGUCCUCCGUUUGUGGUCUAUGAUGAGUUGGUUCUUACCACAAAGGAAUAUAUGCAAUGUGUGACGGCUGUGGAGCCUGAGUGGUUGCUCAAAUACGGCCAUAUCUUCUACGGUGUGAGUGCAAGCGUCAAAAAACAGAUAGAAGGCUCGUUGGACUUUACUUUGGUGGGAAAGAGCGAUUGGGAAAAACGUCUUGAGGAAGACAGACAGCGCAUGCAAGUUCAGGAUUCACUGAAAACUACAGAAAAGACGAAACUGGCUCCCGGGUGCGCCGGGGUUUUUAGUAUAUACAUGUUGGAGAGGGGUGAAACCAUGCCAACUCUUGGGUUUGUUUUUGAUGAUCCGAAAUGA